GUGACAUGCGAGACGGUGAGGGAUGAGGAUGACUCAGAAAUCCUUCAAAGUCCAGUGCUGAGCUACCAGCUGGGAAAACUGGGGAGAGACGGGCAGAGGGUGCUGUGGAGCAGCUACUGGAGUGACUGGAGCAGCUCCAUCUUCAUCCCUGAGGAAAUCCUUCAAAGUCCAGUGCUGAGCUACCAGCUGGGAAAACUGGGGAGAGACGGGCAGAGGGUGCUGAGCCUGGGCUGGCAGCGAGCCCCCGAGGAGCAAGGGGACGUCACCUACAUGCUGCGCGCCCGCAUGCUGGCAUGCCACUGCGCCGAGCCGGCUGAGGAGGACACGGUGGUGCUGGAGAAGGAGGUGACAGGUCACAACCUCACCCUCUCCGGGGCCGAGUACCAAAUCCUGCUGACAGCUGCCAACGCUGCCGGGACAGGGCCGGCGCAGCAGCUCCAUGUGCCGGCAGAGCAGCACGCGGAUCUCAACUUCAAGGAUGUCAGCGUGGCCAGCAGCACGGUGACGGCGUGGUGGGAAGCACCGAGCCCCGGUUCUGCCUAUUGCUUCGAGCAGCAGCUGCCGGGAGCCCCCAAACGGGGUGUUUGCAUCCACCGGGAUUUCCUUGCCAAGAGCAUCCACGUAGAGAGAGGAACACUGGAAGCACUGGCGUGUUUCCGUCUCGCCGUGCACGGCUGGGCCCCAGCACGGGGCUGGUCCACUUUUGCCCUGCGGCAUCACUACGCCAGCAACGCCUCCCUGGCCCUGCCCAUCCACAUCAACGCCAGCGUCGGGGUUGCCACCGUCACCCUCCGGUGGAGUCCGUCCCCCCGUGCCGCCUGUCCCGGGGCGCUGGCCAAGUACCUCAUCUGCCAUGUGGCCAAGGGGGAAAACGUGACUAUCAUUUGCCCAGAUGGUGAAGCAGAUGCCACCAUGUCACAUUACACCCUCCAAAACCUACAGCCUGGCACAGCCUACAGGGUGGGUGUUUGGGAGGUGACAGCGGAGAGCGAGGGGACAUGCACUGCUUGGUGGCACUUCCAGACCAAGGCGCUGGGUCCCCAGAGAGCAGCAUGGAAAUCCAACCUGAAGUACCUGAGCAUCUUUCUUGGUCUCCCCGCUGUGGCUGCCAUUUACCAGCUGAGCAAAAAGAGGGCUCGCCGCCUCCUCUUCACACCUCUGCCCAAACCCAUGGCCAGCAAAGCCAUCCAGUUCUCUGCCAGAGAAAUGAGCCAG